CCCACGCUUCUCAGUUUCAGCUCCCCAGCAAAACCCUGCAAAAAUCUCCAUUGAUGAACACAAAAUUCACACACGAAGUUCAAAAAACCCAUCUCUAAUAGUUGAAAAUCUCUUAUGAUAAUCGCAUCAUCUCUCACUCACACCAAACCCACUUCAUAUCCUCUCUGUCUACUCUCUAUUCAUGGAGCUAUGUUCACCCUUCAAACCCCUCUCGAAACCAUACCACCCCCCUGAUUUCUCCUUCUCAUCCUCGUUCUCUCCCUUCCCCUUCCAAACCCACCUCAAAAACCCUAAAAUCACAAAACCCACUUCCCCAAAUUUCCGCAUUUUCGCAGUCGCAGUCGAUCCCCAAGAACUCCCCCAAAACAGCCCCCAAAGGCUGCUCAAAGAGCUCGCCGAGCGAAAAAAGUUUGUGUCUCCGAAGAAAAGAGUACCCCCAAAGAGAUUCAUACUGAGACCCCCAUUAGAUGACGCCAAAUUAGCUGAAAGAUUUCUCAAGAGUCCCCAAUUAUCACUCAAAUCUUUCCCUCUGUUGAGUUCUUGUUUGCCCUCGUUGCGGCUCAACAAUGCUGACAAGACUUGGAUUGAAGAGUACCUUCUUGAGGCUAAGCAAGCUCUUGGGUACCCCUUAGAGCCAUCAGAUAGGUUAGGGGAUGAUAACCCAGCGAAGCAAUUCGAUACACUGUUGUACUUGGCAUUUCAGUAUCCGUAUUGUGAGAGGACAAAUGCUCGGCACAUUAGGUCCGGGCAUUCUAGGCUGUCAUUCUUGGGACAGUAUGUGCUUGAAUUGGCAAUGGCUGAGUUUUUCUUGCAGAGGUAUCCGAGGGAGUCACCGGGUCCGAUGAGGGAGAGAGUGUAUGCGUUGAUUGGGAAGAGGUAUCUUCCCAAGUGGAUUAAAGCAGCUAGCUUGCAGAAUUUGAUAUUUCCUUAUGAUGACAUGGAUAAGUUAAUUCGAAAAGACCGCGAACCACCUGUAAAAUCUGUAUUCUGGGCAUUGUUUGGGGCAAUAUAUUUGUGUUUUGGUAUGCCAGAAAUAUACCGUGUUCUUUUUGAAGUAUUUGGAAUGGACCCAGAAGAUGAAGAAUGCCAGCCUAAAUUAAGGAGACAACUCGAAGACGUGGAUUAUGUUUCUGUGGAAUUUGAAGGCAGAAAACUCAGUUGGCAAGAUGUUGCUGCAUACAAGCCCCCGGAAGAUGCUCUUUUUGCACAUCCAAGGCUUUUUAGGGCAUGUGUCCCACCAGGAAUGCAUCGCUUUCGAGGAAACAUAUGGGAUUAUGAUAGCAGACCCCAAGUUAUGCAAACAUUGGGAUAUCCCUUAGCAAUGACAGACAGAAUUCCGGACAUCACUGAAGCCAGGAAUAUAGAACUUGGACUUGGGUUACAGCUUUGUUUCAUGCACCCAUCAAAACACAAGUUUGAGCAUCCUCGGUUUUGCUUUGAGCGACUAGAAUAUGUUGGCCAAAAGAUUCAGGAUCUUGUGAUGGCUGAGAGGUUGCUAAUGAAGCAUCUAGAUGCUCCUGGGAGAUGGUUACAGGAGAAGCACCGCCGACUUCUGAUGAACAAGUUCUGUGGGAAGUAUCUGAGGGAAAAGAAUCUCCACCGCUAUAUCAUCUACAGCGAGGAGGUUCAAGAUGCAUUUGAGCACAAUCGAAGAUUGAGGAACCCGGCCACAACUUCUGUUCAACAAGCCAUUCAUGGACUCUCAUACACUAUAUAUGGGAAGCCAGAUGUAAGACGUCUAAUGUUUGAGCUUUUCGACUUUGAACAGAUCCAACCUAAAGCUGUAUGAAGACAAGAAAGACUAAUUCAAAUACAACACGACAAGGGCAAGUCCAGUCGUCCUUCAAGACCAAAUAUUAGUAGCAGGAUUUUUUUCCCCAUGAUUUUUAGUACAGCAAAUGCAACGCACCGAAGGAAAUGCAAUGUACAAAACAAAUUUUUUUUUUUUUUCCCCGUUAUAUAUAGAUUAUAUGUUUUAUGUGCUAUGAGCCUAUGACAGGUACAUAGGAUGGUUGAUGUAAGCUGCUUUCAGAGAUUGAAGUCCCUAUUUUUGUUUAAAGAAGCUGUUCUAGAGAGUUUAAUUUG